AUGGCGGGAAAGCAAAUUGCCGGUGACGGAGUCCCGCCGAGCCUCGCCGGCAUGUCCAAGAACCAGUUGUACGAUAUCAUGUCUCAGAUGAAGACAUUGAUAGAGCAGAAUAAGCAGCAGGCAAGGCAAGUUCUUAUCCAGAAUCCCGUUUUGACUAGAGCGCUUUUUCAGGCACAAAUUAUGCUUGGAAUGGUGCAGCCCCCACAAGCUUCUCCGGCAAUUCAGUCAACAGCAUCACAAAUUCCAAACCCACAGCCACCACCGAUAUCUAAUCAGAAGCCCACUAUCCAGCCCCCAUCAUCCUUCCUGGGCCAAACAAGCCCGAACCAUGUUAGGAACCAACUAGCAAACCAAAUUCAAAGCCAAAACCCAAACCAAACUAUGGUGCCCAGAAACCCUCAUCCCCAACCUGCCCCGCCAAACCCUCAGUCCCAGCCCGCCCUCUCACGUCCGUUACAACCACAACAGCAACCUAAGGCCCAUCUUGCAGCCCAAUCCACACAAAUGUCUAUGCCACCAGGCCCACCGCAAUCCUCUCAAGCUCUUAAUAUAACCCAGUUGCCCUCUCAACUUACUAAUCUCACUCAAUUGCCACAACAUAGUGUAUUUCAGCCAUCUGUGCCUUCUCUGCCGCCACAGUCACAGCAGCAGCCUAUGCAAAGUAGCGGCAAUCCGUAUUUGCCUUUACAGCAGCCAUUACAGCCACCUCUGCCGCCACACAUGAGAGGCCCAAUGCCGGGCUUUCCUCAUCAGGUUCAUGGUCAAAUGGGCCCGAAUAUGGGUUUUCAGCAUCCGGGUGGCCCACCUAUGCUUAACCCACAGCAGCAUAUGUUUCAUGUAUGCCAAACAAUGUAUUCUUUGUCUUUUUAG